GCUUAGUUCUAGGCAACGACGUGCUGUUUGAUAUCACAUUUGUUGCAUUUCUUUUGAGUUUAUAAAACGUAAACAUGUUGUAUCUUUUCCAUGUUGUUAAAAGUGACCGUGAUAGUUUUGUACAAUCCAUGAUCUUAUAAGCAGUGAUGGCACUGUCACGAUCUAGGCCUACUGUACCAGAGCUUCCUCUCUUUUCUACAAUUGUAACUGAUCUUCCAAUUGAUGAAACCAGUUCAACAGGAAUUAAUAGCUCUUUGGCAACAGAUUUUGGUUCAUCACAGAGACACCAACGACACUCGAGAAGAAAUAAAAAGAACUUGGUUCAUCAACGCUCCCUCAGUGAAGCAAAUUUAUACCAUCAUGAACAAGCAAGUAUGAGUCCGGAUGUGUCGGAGAGAGGAAAGUGUCGGCAUCGGCAGAGCAAAAGGCAUCUUGUUGCCGAGAUUGAAAGGCUUAAAAGAGAAAACCAGCAUCUUCUAAAUACAGGUUAUGGUUCUGGAGAAGUCAAGUUACGUGCUUUGGAAGGUCGUAUUGUAGAACUACAUUCUUCAAAACAAAAGCUAGAGCAGGAGAGGGAAACCCUUUCCAGGAGAAUAAAUGAAGAUUCAGAAACGAUCGACAAACUGAGAGUGAGGAGUAAAGAGCUAGCACAGGAUGUCUUCAUGCUUAAAAAUCUGGUUAUGAGGAUGAACACUGAGUUAGCCAAAGCUCAGAACAAGCUGUCUCAGAAGGGCGAGCCUGUCACAACAGCAAGUGAAGACUCUGGAGUAGAACACAGAUCUCAGUCUGAUUCAAGGAGCUCAUGGAAACCCACUUGGAGUCGGGCAGAAAUGAAUGCAAUGGCUCCAUUGCUGGAAGCGUUUGAGGAAACGCUUGCGGAAAAAGAGGAGUUGAUUUCCAACUACAAGCGGGAAAUGCAGCUGUUCACAAACCGCACCAAAGAGAUUGUCUCUGAGAAUGAGAGUUUGCACGCCCAGCUGGUGGAAGCCAACAAAAAGGGUGAAGUGACCUAUGCAGAAUGGAAGGUGCUUACUAAAGAAGCAGCGAUGACGAGGGAACAAAACGAACUUCUUCUGCGACAAACCAAACUAAAUCAGAGCAAGCUCAAUGAACUUCAUACAGCCUAUCAAACUAGAUUGACAGAAUUGACACUAGACCUGGAGCAGGCAGAAGAGCGAUGUCAACAGGCGCGAACGGAGGUGUUUGUGCUCAAGGGUCGUCUCGGAGUACUGACAGACGAGCUGGAGCGACUCAAGAAUGAGGCAGACAACAGGAUACCAGUGGCCGUCCAUACUGCCUCAGUGAACGAGUGUAAGAGGUUGUUUGAAGAGCUUAAGAAUAGAUAUGAACAAGAAAGAGAUAUUUUGACUCGAAAGUUGGCCACUCUGGAGUCAUUGCGUCCAGAUUUGGACAUACAGUUGGUAACAGUGUCUGCAGAGAGAGACCAGCUGAAUCAUGAGAUUAGGAAUUUGCAAAAACAACUCAAGAAAGCCGAGGGGCGUGCAGAGACGAGUGAUGCUCGAGUGCGGAAAUGUGAACGAGUGCGAGCCACGCUCAAGCAGCAGCUGGAACAAGCUCUGGCGUUCAGCAGAGAGCUGAUCUGCGACCAGGAGACAUUACUGCGUCAGCUGGCUGAUCGGACUCACGAGACCAAUCAGGUGGUGCGACAUGGACACGACAACGCCAGCCGCAUGGACACACUCAGGACCAAACUGAAGGGCUUGGAGCGAGGGGCAAAGGUGCAAUUGGAUGUCCUAGAGCAGCGGAUGAAGGCACAGGAAGCAGGCAUGAACAAAGCCAAAGCCAACUGGGCGAAGGAGAUGGGGCGACUGAAGACUGUCAUCAAAGAGAAAGAUGCGGCCAUUGAACAGCUGCAGAAAGAAAAGAUCAAAAGCAAAGAAGAAGUAGAACUGGUGUGGGAAGCUGCCACGGCGGACAAUCAACGAGUCAAAGAGUCAAUUCGAAUUGCGGAGCUUCUCCCUUCAGACGAUGGAUAGCCCUCACUGCCAAACUCCCCUGCAACCUCACUCUGACCAAUCAUUAUCUAGUCAGUAUAAAAAGAAACAUCUAGUCAUUUAUUGGAAACUCCUGUUUUAAUUGUGAUUUAUCUAGUCAAACAAAUAAGGAAUUUCUAGCUAUAUGUUGGAAACUGUUUAAGUUUUAUUUAUUUGUGUUAUAAUUUAAUCUGGGGCCGCUAAAACACUAUCGUUUCAACUUUUGGAAAUUGUUGAGUUAGAGUAAAGUUCGCGGUGAUUAGUAAAACACAAUCAUAUAUCCAGAGAAAGAGUAAAAUAGAAUUGAGAUACUUUUUAAAGGUUCUGUAUCUUGUCUACUAGAGGAUGAUUCCCCAAAUGUCCUAGCUAUGCCGUUCAUUAGUUUAUUUGUUAAUGAGUUGAUGCAAAUCAAGGAGAACUUCCAUA